GCGCCGCCCGGUGGACGGCUGGGCCUUAGCCGCGGGCCUGCGCCUCCCUCGGCUCCCGCCGCGGGCCUCGGGUAGUGGGGUGGAAGAUGUCUAUGGAUGUGACAUUUCUGGGUACGGGUGCAGCAUACCCAUCCCCAACCCGGGGUGCCUCCGCUCUGGUCCUUCGUUGCGAGGGCGAGUGCUGGCUCUUUGACUGUGGGGAGGGGACUCAGACACAGUUGAUGAAAAGCCAGCUUAAAGCAGGGAGAAUUACCAAGAUCUUCAUCACACAUCUCCAUGGAGACCAUUUCUUCGGCCUUCCUGGCCUCCUCUGCACCAUCAGCCUGCAGAGUGGCUCUGUGGUCACCAAACAGCCUAUUGAGAUCUAUGGCCCUGCCGGGCUUCGGGACUUUAUCUGGCGCACCAUGGAACUCUCUCACACAGAGCUGGUCUUCCCCUACGUGGUCCAUGAGCUGGUACCUACAGCAGAUCAGUGUCCCACAGAAGAGCUAAAAGAAUUUACGCACGUGAAUAAAACUGACAGUCCUCCUAAAGAGGGACAAGGAAGAACUAUCCUCCUAGACUCAGAAGAAAACUCAUACCUUCUGGUUGAUGAUGAACAGUUUGUUGUAAAAGCAUUUCGCCUCUUUCACCGAAUUCCCUCUUUUGGGUUUGCAGUUGUGGAGAAGAAACGCCCAGGUAAACUCAACGCACAGAAACUGAAAGACCUCGGUGUUCCGCCAGGUCCUGCCUAUGGGAAGCUGAAAAACGGAAUUUCUGUUGUUCUGGAAAAUGGAGUUACAAUUUCUCCUCAAGAUGUCUUAAAAAAGCCUAUUGUUGGCAGGAAAAUCUGCAUUUUGGGUGACUGUUCUGGGGUUGUGGGUGAUGGAGGAGUGAAACUGUGCUUUGAAGCAGACCUGCUGAUCCACGAAGCGACCCUAGAUGAUGUCCAGAUGGACAAAGCAAAGGAGCACGGCCACAGCACACCACAGAUGGCAGCAGCGUUUGCAAAAUUGUGCCAAGCAAAGAGGCUAGUUCUGACUCACUUUAGUCAGAGGUACAAACCAGUUGCCUUGGCCAGAGAAGGAGAAACAGAUGGGAUUUUAGAACUGAAAAAGCAAGCCGAAUCAGUGUUAGAUCUUCAGGAAGUGACUCUAGCAGAAGACUUCAUGGUGAUUGGCAUUCCGAUCAAGAAAUGAAACCGGGCUUCCGGAAUGCACACUGACGUGUCUGUGAAUGUGUUCCUGAGCCAACAGUCAAGCUGCUGGUGGUGGUGGUGGUGGUGGUGGUGGUUGUGCUUCUAGUUUUGGUCUGAAAUUAUUUGGGUGCUGAUCAUCCUAAAAAGGAUAGAGCUGCACUGCUGAACUGAUUCAGCAGGGACGGGGAGCAAGCUUUUUGAUAAUAAAUCAUUUUAAAAAGGAAAAAAAAAAA